ACGAAGAGCACAACUUCCGAAAGAAGCCGCUUGAGCGAGUGAGCCGAGUUGAGCCACCAAGUAUGGAUUCUAGUUUGUAAAAAUGAUGGCUGUAUCGAUUCCACCGAGUGUUCAUUCCCUAAUUCAAGUAGUUAAUGAAUCAAAUUUAGGUAAAAUAGAAAGUUUCCUGAACGACACCGCGUACAGGGAAGCCAUUGAAAACUCGUCUAAUUACAACACUAGAUUAUGCAGGGAACGGAGGUUACGAAUGCCUUUUCUAGACUCGCAGACUGGAGUGGCGCAGAAUCACUCUGCGCUCUUCAUGAACUCGAGGGAACGAAUUCCUGGCCUUUUACAUGGCCAAAUUUACACAUAUCCGAGCAAACGAUGGAGGAAAAAACGCCGACAAUAUUUGAUGCACUACAUGCAUCCGAAACGAGUGAGAGGUGACAUCGAAGAUGGCAUUGAACACGUCGAAAUACCAGUUGGUAUUAAUGAUGACAGCAAAGAUUCCUUAGCUCUUAAAGAUGAACACAGCAAAGAUGGUUGGUAUUACGAUGAACAAGAUAUGUUAGAUAUGGAGGCUUUCGAUGAGCCUGAUCCAGAUAGUGAUUUUGACUAUGAAGAAAGCUACAGCAGUAAAAGAAAACGAAGAAAACCUCGUGGUGGUGGCCAUCAUCCUACUAGAAGUCAUCCACCUGUUGUUGAUAGUCCGGGACCAAAGCGUACAAAGGGAGGAGGCCGAGGCCGCAAGAAGGCCAACUACGAUGCCAUAGCUGAUGCCGAUAAGCCGUUCGUUUGUGACCUAUGCAGCGCACGGUAUAAAACCAGACCUGGUCUGGUCUACCAUUACGGUCAUUCCCACUCUACUUCCUCCGGUGAUCUUGCUAAGGAACUAAGUCCCAGUCCUGCCGAUGUUGAAUCUCGGAGCACAGCAGACGCCGCUGUUUCGGACCAGUCAGGUGGUACACGUCGGGGUCGUCAGAACACUGCUUCCUCAAGUACCUCGACUCCCUCUCCCGCAGCACCUGCUACACCUGCUGCGGGAGCGCCGCCUCAGCAGCCUCCGCCUCAGCAGCAACCGCUGCCCGCAGUGCCGAUGAAUACCGCUCCGACUUCACCCACCAUCGCAGUUGUCAAGGAGGAGCAUCCACCUGCUGCAUCAUCUCCUGGACUUGCAGUGCCUUCUCCCUCGUCAGUGAAAAACGAAGGGGGACCACCAACUCCUGGAGGACCUGCUGGACCCGGAGGUCCCGAGAAAAAGCCUGGUGGUAAGGCUGCCCAACCCUCACCCUACUGUGACUUCUGCCUCGGAGAUGCCAGAGAGAAUAAAAAGACCGGUGGGUCUGAGGAACUCGUCUCCUGCAGUGAUUGCGGUCGCUCAGGCCAUCCAACUUGUUUGCAAUUUACUGCAAACAUGAUCGUUUCUGUCCGCAAGUACAGGUGGCAAUGUAUUGAAUGCAAAUGUUGCUCAAUAUGCGGAACCUCGGACAACGAUGAUCAGUUGCUGUUCUGCGAUGACUGUGAUCGUGGAUACCACAUGUAUUGCCUGGCUCCACCACUGACGACUCCUCCAGAGGGCUCCUGGUCUUGUCGUCUCUGCUUAGCAGAAUUUCAUCGGCGCGACUGAAUUCAUUUUCAAUUAAUGAAAAAAUUCAACGGUCCACCCAUCGCUGUGAAAUAACGGACGCUUUUGAAUUAGGAGAGUAUUUUGAACUUACGCUUUUCCGGUGUCACGUGCUAUUUUUAAAUAUUCCUCAAAGAGCAGCUCAAACUAGAAUUCAGCAAUUUCCAAACUGCUAAUAUUCCCAAGGACUUUACAAUUAAUUUUAAUUAACUUUACAGUUUUUUUACUCCUUGCGAGAUUCGAAAUUCGAUUUCAAACCAAUUUAUGAAUCGAAGUCAAAAGUCUCCUGUUUAAUCUAGAAAUAAAUCAGUUACUUUAGAAGUUCAAAAAAAGGACAAUUCUGAUGAAAAAAUUUGAAAUCCUUAGUGAUAUUACUUUUUGAGAACUCUAGUGAAAAUUCUGCUUGUCUUAAUUGCCUAAUAAAUGCUCGCGAGUAGAGUGAUCCUGGCGUCGGAGAGAUACUCAAGUCCUAAUUUUUAAAUGCUAUUACAAGAAUUGACGUACGAGAAGGCCUUUCUCUAUUCUUCUUAUGAUUCUACCUUAAAGAUACUUCUCGGACUUUUAGAAUGGUGCAUUAGAUAUCUCAGGCAUUUAUGAUCUCAAGUGAUUAAAUACGUAUUUAUAAUCUUAACGACCUAAAGACUACAGGUUUGCCCUUUUAGGUGAAACGAACUCUGGAUAAUUAUCGCAGCGCAUUGUACAAAUACAUAGAUUUUUUUGCAAUUAAUUCUUAUUUUGAGGUAACUUACAAUUUCAAACUAAUAGUAUUUAACCGUAAGACAUCGAAACGACUGAAAAUAGUUAUACAUUUCUUAAAUGCAAUACUCUCCUAGUUCUCCUUAAUCUAUUGUCAGACACAAAAUUUGGAUAUUAGUCCAUUUUACGAUUUUACAAAUGCUUCGAUACGAUUCUAAGAUCUUUACUAACUAUUGAAAAGUGCGGUUUCUAAUGAAAGGUAAAAAAUGACAUUAAGACCGAUUUCAUAUGAAAUCAGACAGUUUAAUUCUGGCGAUG